AUGGGCGCUCGCACAGCCAUAGCCACUGCAACAUGGUAUCCACAACACCCUCAACAUGGAGGUGGAUACUUAUCGGCACCAGUGCCACAAGCGCGACCGAUCGCAAACGGUCCGUGCCCAUCGCCGUCAUCGACGUCUCCAUCGCAACAGUUUUACCCGCAGCCGAGCGCCUAUGGCCCUUUACCUCAAAAUCCGAUGAAGAUGUCCCCAAAUGCUUCGCCGUAUGCUCAGUAUGCGCUCAACUACUACCAUCAUCAACAUGCUCGAGAACGGGAGCGAGAAGCAUACUAUCGGUCUCGCAACAUGAUGUUGCCACAGUCCGACUGGCGACCAUAUGGUCCUACCCAUGCCCAACAGCCACCUGGACAAGAUCCGACGUUAUACUAUCAACAACAGCAGCAACAGGCGGCAGCUCAUGGUUUCCCACCGGGUGCAGUCCCUUCGGGACCUCCCGGUGCUCCUGCCACGUAUCCCGCUAGUGCGUAUCCUCCGCGCCUUCCAGCUGCUCCAGCGCCAAUGCGAGCACCGCAUCCGCAGCCGCAUAUGAUGGACACUGCAAGUCAAUCAGGCAGUCGUGCACCAAGUACGGGACCCGCUCCUAGCGCUGCAUCUCCCGAUAGCAGCUCGCGUAUGAGUGCUGGCGUGGACUCGAGUGAUCAACGUCCCGGAUCGGCUGCAGUCGGACCACCGGCCGCUACACAUACUCCUGGCCCUCAUUCCGUUUCUCAGCCGUCAACAAGCAUGCAACUGUUCGACGAGGAGUUUUCCUCGUCGGCGACGGAUCGCGACGAUUGUCAGGCCGACAACCCGUCGUCGGCACAUCGCGACGAAGGUAUGGGCGAUGGUGGGAUGACCUUGUGCACGCCCGGUUUGCGCCACCGCGUUCCCGUAGCUGCUGCGGCGACCGCGGCCCUACCAUGCAGACGUUUCUUGCGGCGGCUGCAUUGA